AUGCCUGCCUCCCCGGCAGUUACUCCCGGCGCAUCUGCGCGCCGCCCAACGUUCUCCGAGGACGAUGGCAGUUGUGCAUGUCGUUCGCCCAAACGAGCUCGUUCGUCGCCGUCCCCCCGCUCACUCGACUUUGACAAGGUGGGCGACCGCGUAGUUGACUCUGUGCGCACCCCAAUUGCUACGCCCCUCCCGCUACCGUCGCGAGCGUCGACAAGGUCUGCAGGAGGAGCAAGCAUGGCUCUGGCGUCUGCUCUUGCUGCACCGGCGCCUGGCGAGUGGGGAGACGAAGCGCCUUGUGCGCAUCCCGCCACCAGCCCCUGCCGCAGUCCAGCUCGAGACAAGUCUCAGCGUCGUCGUGAAUUGUCGGUGCCUUUGCUGUCGCAAUCACUGAGCCACUUUUCUCUUUCUCACUCCACCCCGCCACUGGGAAAUGACUUGUGGCCCGAGGCCAUGACUCUCGCGAGCUCGAGCACACCGCCCCUGCCGACGCCUUCGACUGUCACCGACACUCCCCGCCGCCUUCCUCACAUGCGCAGGAUGAACACUCCCGCUCCUCUCGCUCGUGAGCUGACAUAUCCCAACACGGCACCCAUGCCCGUCAUUCACUCGUUGUUGGGAAGCCCGUUCAACACCAAGUCGCGUUACCCUUACGACUCGCGCUCUCCUUCUUGGGCCGCACGUGGACCAAAGGAGCCCCAGGGGCUCGUUGUGCAGUGGCAAGACACGGCAGAGUGGAUGGAGGACAAUGAAAACACAACACUGUCGCCUGGCCAACUUCGCGCCCGCCCAAGCUCGAGCUCGGACGAAGGAAGUGAAGGUUGCGCCAGUGCGUCUUCCUUCCUUUCCUCUGAGCGUUACGCUGCCAAGCAGUCUAUGCGACAGACGGUAGGCAUCUGGGACGAUGAGCCCAAUCUCUUUGGCGACGCCGACCACCACAACCCGGCAACACCAAACAGGCAAUUGUUUGCUCCCAAGGGCAAAGGGUCGGCUUUUUCCGCCCGCGUUCUUAGCCCCGUCCUCACUCCUCCUUUCCCAACCCGGAUUCUCCCUGGCUCCAGUAGCGAGGAAGACUCGCCCGUGCAGCCAUUUAGGCUUGCCCGCAUGCCGUCACCAAACUUGGGAGCAAGCACCUCCGCCGACCCCAUCCCCAUGCGCUCCCCUUCGGCUGGCAGUUUCCUGCCACGUCGCGUCAACUCUGCCCGACGCGCCGUCGAUAGUCGCCAACGCGGAACCACUCGCGGCGUCACCUAUGAUGGCUUCCUUAGCGUCUCGGACGCUCCUCUCCUGGGCCAAAGGAGGACCUCGGAGCCCAACUCGCACAGCACCGGCGACGCAUUUGCUGCCUUCCUUGCUAGGUGUGGCGGAGAGCGCGCGACCCAGAGCGAGCUGUGCUCCACCAACCACCGGCGGGGAAGCCCACAACCACCCGACCUCUCGAGCGAACCCAACGACCUUGACCUGGACCUGUCGCCCCUGCGUUCGCUUGCCCGCUCGACCGUGCCGUCCUUACCCAACAGGCCAUUGCCAGCCGGCCUUCCGUCGUCGCCCUCUGCUCCUACACUCGGACUGAGGUCUCGUCUCGACAAGCGCAACGGCGUGACGCCAAAGGCGGUUAAAGCCACUCCUACACGCUCGCAAUCUGCUCGAAUCCCACCUCGUCCCAAGAUUCACCGCGGUGUGACCGAUUCUUCCGUCCCGACUUUUGGCACUCCAGUCUCGCAGCUCUUUGGCGACGACAAGCCUUCUCCUGCGGCAUUUGCCUCCACCGGACUUAUGAAGAAGAAGGGCGGCCGGAUGAUGAGUCUGCCCCGGUUCCAGCAGAUGGUCAAGACUCGAAGCUGGACCCCUGCCAAGACUGAGCCCGAAGCCGCCGCUGGCACGCUCCAUGGGUUCAGCACCGACACUGAAGAAAUCCAGCUGGAUGACUCGGACGAGCCGGACCAGCUGUCUCCUAUCCGACCCUUCCGGUCGGCGCCAUUCCGACGCACGGGCCACACGCGCGUAAACUCUACGGCCAGUGACAUCACCGCGACUUCCCCCUUCCGUCGACCCGUUGGGGCUGGUCAUGCACGCAUGUCCUCCACCGCAAGUAGUAUCGGUGGCACGCGUGGACUGCGCCGUAAGGGUAGUUCGAUGUUCAACUCUUCGGGCAGCAUUGGCAGCGCUGCCGACAUGGUCAGCGACAACGGAUCCCCAGCAACGCCCACCAAGGCCCUGCCCUUUAUCCCUGUGCAACCCAAGUUUGGCAUCUCGACUCCGUCCCCGACGGUGUCGCGUACCUGCUACCCCUUUGACCGCCGCAUGUCCAUCGACUCUACCUCAUCGCCGACUGGUACCCCCAUGGCGAGCACUGGUGGUCGUAUGCGAGUCUUGUCACGCGGGCCGAUCGUCCGUGCGUCUAACCCUAUGCUUGCUUCCACAUUCCGCGCGCACAGCAGUGGUGGCCCCGGGCCGGCCGGUCCUGUGCCCAGCACGCCAGCGGUGGACUCCGCCUUUGCCGAGACGUUCAUGACCGACGCCGCACGCGCCGCUGGCGCCGGUCGCUUUGAGCGCGAUUUCACCCUGGUUCAAGCUCUGGGCAGUGGCGAGUUCAGCAGCGUCUGGAAGGUGCGACACAAGAAUGACGGUGACCUUUGGGCAAUCAAAACUGGCCGCACGUACACUGGCCAUAAGAAUCGCCUCCGACAGCUUGAAGAGGUCUCCAUUCUCAAGCAGCUCUCGCACAACCCCCACCCGGGCAUUGUCAAGUAUUCCGACUCGUGGGAGCAAGGUGGCCGACUGUACAUCCGCACCGAACUCGCUGAAUGUGGCGACCUCGCGCGCUACCUCGGUUCUCUUGGCGACACCAGUGGCCUGGAUGAAGGCCGCGUGUGGAAGAUGCUCGUGGAGCUCAGCUCGGCUCUUGAGUUUAUCCACAACAAUGGCAUCCUCCACCUGGACUUUAAGCCGUCCAACGUACUCCUCACGCGUGAAGGUUCCCUCAAGGUCGCCGACUUUGGCAUGAGCAUCUUCCUCCACCCGCACGGCACUUCGGCAAGCCGCUGCCCCACCCCAACCUAUGACGACCCGCAGGAGGUGCCGCUGUUCCCCAGCCCUCUUCUCGACCGCGAGCUCGAGGGUGACAGGGAGUAUCUCUGUCCCGAGGUCCUCCACGACGCCGCACCUGGCCCCGAGGCAGAUGUCUACAGCCUAGGCAUUCUGGUCCUCGAGGCCGCUCUCAACAUUGCCCUUCCAUCGAAUGGCGAAUCUUGGAUCAAGCUCCGUAACGAUGAUUUUUCCGAUAUUGACGAACACUACGUUGAACGCGGACACGACCCCGACCUGGCCGCCAUUGUGGCCACUGCUCCCGGUGACCCACUCCCACCCGCCGUCUCGGCAAUCCUGGUGGGCACCGUCAAGCACAUGAUGGCUGCCGAGCCCAGCUACCGCAUGACACUGGCUGAGCUCGGCGUACUGGGUCCCAUGGUCCGGACGCGUGACGCGAUGAUGACCGACGACGAUGAUGACGACGACGAUGAUAAUGAUGAAGGAAACCGGAAGAGGAGAAGAAGAAGGAGGGCAGGACCGCCCCUCGCGGACGAAGAGGAGGGGUGGAUCGAAUACGUCCUCGGAGAAGCACCAUACAAUUAG